GUGCUCAGCCUCUCCAUAAGCCAUUUGUGCCGCUAUCCUAUCUCGUAUUCGUAAGUUGAGUAAAGUGUUGAAAACUGUUUGAAAACCAGUUGCUUCUUCAUUUCAGAUCAUGAAUACACAUUUACAGCAUGUUCGCCAGCUUCUUUAAAUGGUAGAAUUGGAUCGUUCCUGGAAUUUGAGUGUUUAUGGGAUAAAUGGUUUGGAAUUAAUCGUAGCAGUUAGAAUACAGUUAAACAUGCAGAGAAGUACUUUUGAUUCAGCAACCGGUGAAUUUUUUAUUCUUUUCGAUCUAGUACCAGAAUAUUUGCGAACCAUUCCAUUCAAUAUGUCGAAUAAGGCAUGCAGGAGCAGAUCAUUACCAUCGAAUGAAUCAACUUGAUCUGAGAUGCAGCUUUCAGCAUGUUUUCGUUAUAUCAUAGAUAUCCAGGUUUAUUGGCGCUGUAUAGGCAGUGAUUUGGAUUAUAACUUAUUCUACAACGUCUCCGUGCUUUGUUGGCUCCUACCCCCACUGAGUGUUAACAACAGCUGCUGUGGGUUUAUGUAUUUCCUCGCCUUUUUGGAUAAAACAUCGCCGCAUUCUUUUUGGGUAGGAGACCAGUUGGUGGAUUAUAAAUGAUGUCCAAGUAACUUUUAUCUUUUCAUGUGGUGUUGUGGUAAGUUUCUACCUUGUUUUCUCAUAUUUCAUUCGUAUGUUGAUUAUGGUUCGCCCUUUGUAUCAGGUAGAUAUAGUUUGAUCGACUCUUGAUUUAAUGGAUGUUAUUGUCAUGACUGCUGCUUUUUUGUCUGGAAUUAUAAAUAGAGACAAAACAAACAACAGGUGUAGUCUCUGAGUUCAUACAUUAAAUGGGCCUAUGAUUUCUGAAACUCUUACAUGGGAAUUACCAUUGGUAUCAAUUACAAACUCACUUAGUGUGUCAUUAAGUGCCUUUUCAAAGGAGGCCAAUGUGCUUGCUAGUCGUAUUUUCUCAGGUAGUUUGUUCCAUAUUUGGGCAUACCUAACCAAGAAAAACUUUUGUCUGGUGGCUGUUUUACAUGGCUCUAUAGCCACUGUACCUUUAGUGUGUCUAAGGUUGUAUCCUGUGUUACCUGAGAACCGAGUAUAGUUAGCAGGGGUAUACACUAUUUGGUUAAGAAGCUUAUAGAAGAGUACCAGAUUUAGUCGCAGUCUCCUUAACCAUAAUGUUUCUAGUCCUAGUAUUUCACAUCUGGUAGAGUAGUUUGUGCCGUUAUCGGUUCCGAGUACUUUUCGCGUGAAGUACCUCUGUACUCCUUCUACUUUCAGUUUGUCUUCUAUGCGUGUACUGCUGAAUAUGAAUGAGCAGUAAUCUAGGAGUGGGUGCACACAUACCUUGUACAGUAGUAUUCUGGACUCGUUUCUGUAGAAGUUCCUGAGUAGGAAACCAAUAAGCCUUCGUGAUUUCGACACUUGAUUCGAGAUAUGCUCUGAAAAUGAUAGAUUGUGUGAAUAUUUCAGUCCUAGGUCUAGUACAGAUUUGAGUCUGGGGAUUUUGUGGCCCUGAAUUGCUAGGUUGAGGUCAAGGUUGGAACAGCCUAUGCAGAGCCAUCCACACUUUUCAACAUUAAACUCAAGUCUCCACGUGUCACACCAUCUAUCCAUUUUUGCUAAUUCUUCAUGUAUGGAGUUCAUAGUUGGGCCGAUAUCUGUAUUUGUGCAGGUAUAUGUCACCUUCAAGUCAUCUGCAUACAGUAUUGGCUUGCCUAUACUAAAACAUUCACAUAUACUGUUUAUGUAUAUAAUGAAAAGAAGGGGUCCCAAUACACUCCCCUGGAUGACACCACUGCUGAUUGGUCUAGGUCUGGAGGUCAUUGAGCCAACUUUAGUUGUCUGAUUCCUGUCAUACAGAAAUGAUUUUAUCCAAUUGUAGAGGGGGUUGCGUAUCCCUAGUGAGCAUAGCCUACCGACUAGCAGACUUUGUGGGACUCUGUCGAAGGCUUUCCUUAUAUCGAAAUAGAGGAUAAUCACUAGCUCUCUCCU